AUGACAGUCACAACAUCCCAUGAGAUUGAUGACGGUAUUCGAACGUCACACUCACAAAUUCAUAGAAAUAUCGAUAAGUGGAUACAGAAUGGAUCAAACUGGCACAUCAAUCACAUCACCAGAUUUUACGUUGAUGUAGCAGCAUAUCAGCCAAUGAAAGGUAAAUCCUACAUUGAUUUACCGAACGAGCUCAAGAAAAAGAAGGCAAUCAUCAAUGUCAAGAAUAGGGAUGAUAAAUGUCUGAUGUGGGCACUGCUCUCAGCUCUGUAUCCAGCAAAGAAGAAUAGUGACAGGGUAACUCAGUAUACAGACUAUAGCAACAAACUUGAUCUGUUCGGAAUCGAUUUUCCAACACCACUGAGUCAGAUUUCCAAAGUCGAGAAGCAAAACAACCUAGCUAUCAAUGUCUUUGGGUAUGAGGAUAACGUGAUCUAUCCACUACUGCUGACAAAGAAAAGAGGUGAGAAAGUGAUCAAUCUUCUACUAUACCAAAAAGAAGAUCAGAAUCACUACUUUUGGAUCAAAGAUUUCAGUAGAUUGUGCUACGAUCAGUCAAAGCAUAAAGCCAGGAAAUUCUUCUGUACAAGAUAUCUCCGACCACACAACACAGAGAAAUCCCUGAGCAAUCAUCAGGAGUAUUGUGAUAAUGUCACUGGAUUAUCAGCACACAUGGUACUACCAGAACCGGAUGACUAUGGAAAUCUAUCAACACUGAAGUUCAAGAUCAAGAAAAUUGAUGGAGUGAAAAGCCAACAAACCAGCCGGGAUUCACAGCAUGUUCCUUGUGGUUUUGGUUAUGUCGUGGUGCGUUCUGACGAAGUGAUGACAAGUCAGUGUUUCUACCGGGGUGCUGAUGCCAUGGAUGUAUUCUUUGAUAAACUCAAAGCUGAGGAGAAGAAAAUCCAAUCAGCACUCAAUAAUCCAGCACCGAUGGAUCUCACUAAGGAACAAGAAGAAUUGUUCAGAGAGACAGAAGACUGUUGGAUUUGUAAAAAGAAACUUGGUGAUGACAGAGUCCGUGAUCACGACCACAUCACUGGUGAUUUCCGCGGUGCCGCACCCAAUGACUGUAACAUCAAACUGAGAAUUUCUCCAUACAAGCAGCACAUCCCUGUGGUUUUUCACAACCUGAAAGGCUAUGAGAGUCAUCAUCUCAUCGGAGCAAUCGGAAAGACAGAUGUUGAGACCGUCACAUACACGGAUAAGGAUGGUGUGUGUAAGAGUAAAACUGUGGGUGAGAUAUCAGUCAUUCCCAACAACAUGGAGAAAUUCAUCUCAUUCACAUGGAGACAGUUCCGGUUCAUCGACAGCUGUCAGUUUCUCAAUGCCUCACUUGAUAGACUGGUGAAAACGACACCAGAUGAGUCAUUCACUCACACCAAGACGUUGUCAAACCAUCAGCUGUUGAUGAGGAAAGGAGUAUACCCCUAUGAGUACAUGAACAGCUUCUCCAGGUUCGAUGAGACUCAGCUACCAGCACAGAGUAAGUUCUAUUCUUCACUGUCUGAUGAGGGGGUGAGUGACGAUGACUACAAACAUGCUGAGACAAUGUGGAUGAAAUUCGACUGUCAGACUCUUGGUGAUUAUCACGACUUGUAUCUCAAGACCGACGUGUUUCUCUUGGCUGACAUCUUUGAGAAUUUCAGAGUAGAAGCUGUCAGAACGUAUCAGCUGGAUCCAGCAAAUUACUACACUCUGCCUGGAUUUGCCUGGGAUGCUCUGUUGAUGUACUCAGGUGUGUCUUUGGAAUUACUAACAGACUAUGAUCAGCACUUGUUUGUAGAAUCAGGAAUGAGAGGCGGUGUGUCGAUGGUCUCACAACGAUAUGCUGCUGCUAAUAAUCACUAUCAGGAGAAAUAUGAUGCUGAUCAGCCAUCGUCAUUUAUCCAGUAUCUCGAUGCCAACAAUCUCUAUGGUUGGGCAAUGUCACAGCAUCUCCCAGUGUCUGAUUUUCGGUGGGAGAAACCAUCAGAGAAACUCCUGAAUAAGAUACUGAAUACUCAAGAUGAUUCCUCAUCGGGGUAUAUCGUCGAGUGUGAUCUGGAUUAUCCACACGAACUUCAUGAGAAGCACAACGAUUAUCCCGUUGCACCGGAACGUCUUUCCGUCAAUGAAGACAUGCUUUCUCCAUACCAGCAGGAGCUUGUUGAUAAACUCAAUUCUUCCGGAGUAGAUGCUCUCAAACUUGUACCAAACUUGAGGGACAAGACAAAGUACGUUCUCCAUUACCGAAACUUGAAACUCUACACUCAGCUCGGACUACGUUGUGUCAAAAUUCAUCGUGCUCUGAAAUUUACUCAGACACCGUGGAUGAGAAACUACAUCGAGAAGAAUACAGACAUCCGGAAGAAGGCAAAGGAUGAUUUCUCUAAGGAUUUCUAUAAACUGAUGAACAAUGCGGUGUUCGGGAAAACUAUGGAGAACGUUCGGAGGAGAGUCAACAUAAAAUUGCUGAGAAGUCGUGAGGAGAAAAAAAUCAAACAGCUUGUUGCCAAACCAACGUACAACCGCCAUGUGAUCUUCAAUGAUGACCUGGUCGGGGUACAAAGUAACAGGACAAAGGUCGUCCUCAACAAGCCCAUAUAUGUUGGGAUGUCGAUUUUGGAUCUCUCAAAGGCACUCAUGUAUGACUUUUACUACAAUCACCUGAAAGUGAUGUAUGGCUCUGAUGUGAACGAUACCAUUGACGGUGUCACCUUGCUUGAUCUUGUUGGUUUUUGA